UUAUGUCUGGUGUAUUCUCCAUCACUACUUGUGCAGCUGUGCUCAUCAAUGGCCAAAGCCAAAGCUCCAAGGCGAACUCUCGAGUCUUACACAGUCAAAUCCAUCAACAAAACAAUUAAACCCGGCGACUGCGUUUUAAUGCGUCCGUCGGAUCCGUCGAAGUCGUCGUACGUGGCGAAGAUCGAGGGGAUCGAAUCCGACGCGCGUGGCGUCAACGUGAAGGUGCGCGUGCGCUGGUACUACCGGCCGGAGGAGUCGAUCGGAGGCCGCCGGCAGUUUCACGGUUCCAAGGAGGUGUUCCUCUCCGAUCACUACGACCUUCAGAGUGCCGAUACAAUCGAAGGCAAGUGUAUGGUCCACAGUUUCAAGAGUUACACGAAGCUUGACGCCGUCGGAAACGAUGAUUUUUUCUGUCGUUUCGAGUAUAACUCCUCCACCGGAGCUUUCAAUCCCGAUCGUGUCGCCGUGUAUUGCAAAUGUGAAAUGCCUUACAACCCUGAUGAUCUAAUGGUUCAGUGUGAAGGUUGCAGCGAUUGGUAAUAUUUGGAAUGAGCAAGUGCUGUAUCUUUGGAGAUUAAUGAUUGUUUGGAAAGUGUGGAGGCUCUUCACGUCUUUUUGCAAUUGUAUAUAAAAAGACUGGACUUUGUUCUUAAAUCUAAAGCACCUAGUUACUUAUAACAAAUAAUUAGGAUUAAAUUUAGAGGCAAGAAGAUUGGAAAUAUAACCUUAAGAGUAGAGUGGAAUUGUAAAUUUGAUUGGAUGAGAACUGAGCUUUUAGGGAUGAUUAUAUAUUUAGUUGAGUUAGUGAUAUACAAAUGUUAAUAGGCACAACUUCCUGUGGGUUAUACCUCACAGUGUAUAGCUUUGGUUGGAUGAGAACUGAGUUACCAUAUGAAACAUGUACUAUUUGAUUUGUUUAAAGGGAGGGGGGAAGUCAUAAGGGUGCUUUUUUAUUUACAAUGUGAUUUGGUCUUUCAGUAUCUGGCUCUCCAAUUUUCUUAUAUAAAGUUGAUUCAGAUUUAUGCCUAUUUUAUUGGUUCUUGCUGUUACCAAAUGGUUUCAUGCAUCAAAAACAUUAAAUUUAUAGGAAAAACGUUAUGAAAUUUUGUGUUUAAACCUUUACAAUCUUCAGCAUGUUACUUCUG